UGGUCGGGGACUCUGCUGCCCUAGACAUGAUUUCAUUUCCUUCCAUGCAGAUGGCUGGGUGGGUUCCUGCUCUGUUGAGUGAAUGUUCCCCGGCAGUGGCCAGAUGCUUGCUCUGCCCUCAUCCCUCCACUGGGGUCCUGGGGAGGUGUGGCAGAUCCUUAGGAAGGAGCUCUUUCCUCAGGCUGAUUGGAGAACGUGGGGUAGGGAGGGACAGAGGGGUGCUCCUGACAGGUCCCAUUAGCUGGGAGAGUCCCCAGGGUAUAGACUUGAGGCCCUAGGUAUAGACUUGAGGGCCUAAAUCACGGGAGACAGAAGGCCAGGGCCAGGGGGCCCCUUCCUGAAUCCAGUCCACAGGGUUAACCCCUCAUUUCCAGAGCCUAUCUCCUCCCCCACACCCACCACCCACACAACCCAGCACCAGGAAAUCCAGAGCCCAGAGCGCUGUGGUCACAGGGACACAUGUGGCCCUGGGUGUGGCCGGGACACGUUGCAGGCGGCUGGGGACAUGAUGUGGCCCGCAGAUCUCCCAGGGCAGGGCAGAGGGCCACUGUUUGGGAGAAGCACCCCAGGCCCCCUCUCUCUUAGAGAGGGGACCUAGGGGCAGCAGAGGAGCCACCUGGGUCGGACCCCUGGGGACAGUGGGAGGGGUAAAGGGGAGAGUGGAGGGGCCUGAGACAGGCCGCAAGUGGGUGCCCAGGACAGGGAUCCGCCCAACCAGCAGGAGCGCCCUUGGGGAUGACGGCGGGAGGGCUGGGCGCCCCCUGGUGGCCACACUAUGCGGUGCCGCCGCUCCCCGCACAUCCUUUGUGGGGCCCUGUGACUUCGUGAGGCCACUCCGCCGGGUGGCCUGAAUCGAGGGUCAGGACUCCAUCGCCGCGCUCUGCCCCUCUCCCGCCCCUCUCAGGCUCUCUGACUGCCACCCCUGCCCGUCUGCCCGGCCCUGCACAACAUGCAGCCCGCGGGCCUUGAGGGUCCGGGCACAUUUGGUCGGUGGCCUCUGCUGAGUCCGCUGCUCCUGCUCCUGCUGCUCCAGCCUGUAACCUGCGCCUACACCACGCCGGGCACCCCCAGAGCCCUCACCACACUGGGCGUCCCCAGAGCCCACACCAUGCCAGGCAUCUACGCUCCCUCGACCACACUCGGUAGUCCCAGCACCCAGGGCCUGCGAGAGCAGGCACGGGCCCUGAUGCGGGACUUCCCGCUAGUGGACGGCCACAACGACCUGCCCCUGGUCCUGAGGCAGGUUUACCAGAAAGGGCUACAGGAUGUUAACCUGCGCAAUUUCAGCUACGGCCAGACCAGCCUGGACAGGCUUAGAGAUGGCCUCGUAGGCGCCCAGUUCUGGUCAGCCUACGUUCCAUGCCAGACCCAGGACCGGGAUGCCCUACGCCUCACCCUGGAGCAGAUUGACCUCAUUCGCCGCAUGUGUGCCUCCUAUUCUGAGCUGGAGCUUGUGACCUCGGCUAAAGCUCUGAAUGACACCCAGAAAUUGGCCUGCCUCAUCGGUGUGGAGGGUGGCCACUCGCUGGACAAUAGCCUCUCCAUCUUACGUACCUUCUACAUGCUGGGAGUGCGCUACCUGACGCUCACCCACACCUGCAACACACCCUGGGCAGAGAGCUCAGCUAAGGGCGUCCACUCCUUCUACAACAACAUCAGCGGGCUGACUGGCUUUGGUGAGAAGGUGGUGGCAGAAAUGAACCGCCUGGGCAUGAUGGUAGACUUGUCCCACGUCUCAGAUGCUGUGGCACGGCGGGCCCUGGAAGUAUCACAGGCACCUGUGAUCUUCUCCCACUCGGCUGCUCGGGGUGUGUGCAACAGUGCUCGGAAUGUUCCUGAUGACAUCCUGCAGCUUCUGAAGAAGAAUGGUGGCAUCGUGAUGGUGUCUCUGUCCAUGGGAGUCAUACAGUGCAACCCGUCAGCCAAUGUGUCCACUGUGGCAGAUCACUUCGACCACAUCAAGGCAGUCAUCGGAUCCAAGUUCAUUGGGAUUGGUGGAGAUUAUGAUGGGGCCGGCAAAUUCCCUCAGGGGCUGGAGGACGUGUCCACAUACCCGGUCCUGAUAGAGGAGUUGCUGAGUCGUGGCUGGAGUGAGGAAGAGCUUCAGGGUGUCCUUCGCGGAAACCUGCUGCGGGUCUUUAGUCGAGUGGAAAAGAUACAGGAAGAAAACGAAUGGCAAAGCCCGUUGGAAGACAAGUUCCCGGAUGAGCAGCUGAGCAGUUCCUGCCGCUCUGACCUCUCACGUCUGCGUCAGAGACAGUCUGACUUCAGACCAGAAACUGAGAUUCCCACACGCUGGACACCCAAGUUAUCAGCCAAGUGGUCACCCUCAGAGUCCUCCCCCAACACGGCCCCAAUCUUCGCAGUUGUGGUCACCUUCCCGGUCCUUAUUCUGUGGCUCUGAUGACCCAGUUAGUCCUGCCAGAUGUCACUGUAGCAAGCCACAGACACCCCACAAAUUUCCCCUGUUGUGCAGGCACAAAUAUUUCCUGAAAAUAAAUGUUUUAGACAUAGAACCAGA